AGAUGGCAUAAAAUGGCCGGGAGGAGUCGAAAAUGAAUGGUAUAAUGGGAUGGUAAAAGGUUUUAACGCGAUUAGAUUACUAUCAUGCUACAAUAUUGCAAUUAUCAAUGAAAUAAUUUGUAAAGAUCGGUUAAUCGAAUCAGUGUCAAGUAGGGGGGAUGAGCAGAAAAAAGUGACAAUAUCGAGGUGUUAGAAGACACUGCACGCGCUGGGUAUAUAAACGGCUAAUGACCACGAAAAGGUCCAUUAAUGAGAUACCUCUUUUCGUGACUGGAAUUAUUAGAGAUUUGAAUAUCUUAAACAGUACGGGAAAACUUUUGUUGUGACGCUAGUUAACAUAUAUUACACGUUUCUUCACAAGAAAAAAAAACAAAAUACAAAAAUCAUGAACUUUUAAGGAACCACGUUGAAGUGUUGAUGUGAGCACGAAACUAAAAUUCUGCGGUGUUAAAGUGAUAUAUUCGUUUAUUUUUGUGACAGAUAAAAAGUGAAAUGCAUUCAAAUUCUGCUCAGAUGUUAGCCAUGGCUAAUUCUUUCUGGCCUCUGGCAUAUUCUUUGAAAUCGUAUGACUUGUCUGUACACCCAGCAUUUUUGUCGUCUGCGUACAGAUCAAUUCCUACAUUACCAUAUGUUACACCGGUAACAGCACAGACGACACCAGUGUCGUUAUCGUCAUCACCGCCGCAAAAAUCUAGUGACAAAUUUUCUAUAGACGCUAUUUUAAGCAAAGACAAAAGACCAGAUUCUACAAGUUCAGAAAAUUCUACAGAAAAUUUUAAGAAAAUCACUCAUAGUUAUCUUGAAAAUGACAAAAUUCACGAUUCAAGUUUUCACAGACGACACCAGCGUCUAUUUGAAGCAGCACAUCCAUAUCUGGGUCACGCGAACGCUGUGCAAGAUCUUCAUCAGCAUGUACAACACUCGCAGCAGGCAACACAUUUGUCACCUGCAUACAGACAGAUGAACGAAUCUCCCAGGACACCAGGAGUCGACAAAAGCGAGAAAAAAUCUAGUCCAAGUUGUCAGUCAUGGAGCAAGCAAGCAAAGGGGAAGCGCGUUCGAACCAUUUUCACACCAGAACAAUUAGAACGGAUGGAGGCAGAAUUCGAGCGACAGCAAUAUAUGGUCGGAACAGAAAGAUAUUACUUAGCGACUUCACUAAACCUGACAGAGGCCCAAGUAAAAGUUUGGUUUCAAAACAGACGUAUCAAAUGGAGGAAACAACAUUUAGAACAACAAAAAGCCAAACUUAAUUCCAUAGACAUUUACCGCCAGGUCGAGUCAGGUAGUGACUCCGAGAGCGAGGAAGAAAGACAAAUGAUUGGUGGAGGUAGAAGUCACGUGGACUCUUUGACAGAUCCGUUCCAAAGUCCGCGAGAAUCUCGUACAACUCAAUAAAUAUUGAGGCGCCCUAAAAUAAUCCAUAAAUACGCUAUAAACUAUUAUUAUGAAUUUGGCGUUAUUGUUGAAAUAAUGUUUAGUCGGUGCCAGUAAAUGGAGAGUGGAUGUCUGACCACUGUGCAGAACAUUAAUCCUAGUCAAUCAAUUAAAAAGCUAAAAGGAAACCUUUAAACUUUUGUGUUGAACAAAAUUGUAGACACUGCUUGUGACAUUUCGUUUGACCACGUGACUCAGCCCAGAUUACACAAAACAGCUUAUAGUACUGUUAAUUAACAAUUCUAGAUCAUAUGAUGCUGUUUUCAUUAUACUAUUAUAAGUGGUUUAUUAAUCCCUGUGAUUUUUUUCUUAUAUUUUACUGUGCUAUGAAUCAGAUGUUUUCUGUAUUUGUUCAUAGCAGAUUAUAUUUGAUAAAAGUGGUUGGUGUGACACAGUGACAUUUUAAUUUUCAAAAAUAUUUUCACUGACAAUACACAUUUUAUGUUGCAUUGAAUUUCUUAUGUUGUGAAUAA